AUGCAAACUGUUAUUCGCUAUGAAGAACAGGAAAAUUCAGAGUCAAAUCUUUUUCUUGAAGAACUAGAAUUUUUAAAAAAUCUGCUUAAAGAAUAUAAACAUAUAUAUGAAAAAUUAAAAAAACAACAAAAAAUUACUAGUUUUUUUAAUUUUCAAAGUUCAUAUUCUUAUGAUUCACAAUCUCAAGAUACAUACCCCAGAGAUUUAUAUUUUCAAGAUUCUUAUUCAUAUUCCCAACAUUUGUAUUUUCAAGACCCCUAUCCUCAAGAUUUAUAUUCUCAAGACCUUUAUUUCCAAGAUUCAUAUUCCCAAAACCUCUAUUUUCAAGAAUCAGAUUUCCAAGAAUUAGUUUCGCAAGAAUCAGAUUCUUAA